AUGAGGAGAUGGACAGUGAGUAACAGUGUGUCUGCAUGCUGGUCGGUGUGUGUCGUCUAUCUUCUCGCCGUCUCCGUGAUCUUCGCGUCCAGCGUCACCUGUCGCAGCGCAUGUCCCGUGCAGCGGGCGCUCAGGGUCGCCAACUCCUCGUCCGCCUCCACCUCCGGCCGGCAUGUGCGCAGCUACGUGCACCUCCAGGGAGACGUGCGCCAGCGGAAGCUCUUCUCCUUCCAGAAGUUCUUCCUUAGGAUCGGGAAAGACGGCAGAGUCAACGGCACCAAGAGCAAAGACGAUCCCUACAGUAUUCUGGAGAUCACAUCAGUGGAUGUUGGGAUCGUUGCCAUCAGAGGUAUCGGCAGUAACCUUUACCUGGCUAUCAGUAAGAAGGGAGAACUGUAUGGAGCGAGAAACUAUGGUAUAAACUGCCGUCUGAAGGAGCGCAUCGAGGAGAACGGGUAUAACACAUACGCAUCCGCGGAGUGGAGGAACAAGAAGCGCCAGAUGUUUGUAGGUCUGAGUGCUCAUGGAAGGCCUCUGCGCGGGAGAAAAACCCGCAGGAAGAACACAGCUACACACUUCUUACCCAUACUGGUGUGACUUUUGUUCAUAAUGCUGACGGGAUGGAGAGAGCUCGGUGAUAAAGACUUUGUCCACACGUGACUCUCUGUAGCGGCUGCGCUCCUUUCAGACGGUUCAGUGUUUGCUCUUUGGUUCAUGGCACUAGAUGAAACUUAUCCCCAUGCCAGUUGAUAUUAAGUGGUAAACAUUCGUGAAUGCAGGCUUUCAUUUCCAUUGUGCAUCAUUCCAGUAAUCUAAAAUUAUGGAUUAUGUGUGCAAGAGUUUUCUCUUUAAUAGGAUCAUGUGCUUAAGAACGUCUGCUUUCAUUUCUUUCUAAUGGACAUGAAGAUCUUGUAGGAGCGGCUCUGAGGCUGCAUGCGUCGCACGGAGAAAGAGAUAGUGGGGAUGUAUAUGGGAAAUUUAUAUCUUCUGAAAACUGUUUUGGACUGCUUUGAAAUAAUGAAAUUAUUUAUUUGUAUUGUAUUU